CCGCUGCCGCCGCUCCUGCGCACUGGAGAAAAGGGGAGCAAUACAACUAGGAGGAGGAGGCGGAGGGAGAGAGAAAAAGAAACGGGGAAGGAAAAAAGGGAAAGAAAACGAGAGCGGAUUUCCUCCCUCCUCCUGCCCCUGCAGCAGCCGGCGCCGCCGGUCAGCCAGCAGCGUGCAUUCAGCGCCGCAUUCCCACAGAAGCAGCUUCUCCUCUCUCUGCUUUCCUCGGUCUGUUCGGCCCCGGAGAUCGGAAGGAAGGCCGGACGAGCCAACUGCAACGGGACGCGGAGCUGUCAAGCGGUCUUGCUGGUCCCUUCUGGAGAGUUGGAAUGUGUAGUGCAUUUUCUGUAAGUUACUAAGAAACAAGGGAUUCCAAACGAUAAAGCUGAAGGAUGCCGUCUGAAGUGUGCCUCAGUAUUCAAGAUAUGCUGACUGGUCAGAGACUUUGCCAAUCCAGUUCUCAUAAUGAUGCUGUCCUGGCAGCUCUGAACCAACAAAGAAAUGAUGGAAUACUCUGUGAUAUAACUCUAAUUGCUGAAGAGCAGAAAUUCCAUGCUCACAAGGCUGUGCUAGCAGCAUGCAGUGACUAUUUCAGAGCAAUGUUCAGUCUUUGUAUGGUUGAAAGUUGUGCAGAUGAAGUGAAUUUACACGGUAUCACAGGAAUAGGUUUAAAGCAAGCUCUGGACUUCGCAUACACCGGACAGGUUCUUCUGGAGCCAGGAGUGAUUCAGGAUGUGCUUGCUGCAGGAAGCCAUCUCCAGCUGCUGGAGAUGCUUAGUUUAUGUUCACACUAUCUUGUCCAGGAGUUAAAUAGCUUUAAUUACUUGGACCUCUAUAAACUUGCUGAUCUCUUCAACCUCAAUCUGCUGGAGAAAGCGGUGGUUGACUUCUUAGUGAAACAUCUCUCAGAACUACUAAAUAGCCACCCUGACGAAGUCCUGGCACUGCCAUAUUGUCUCAUCCAAGAAGUUUUGAAGAGUGAUCAACUCACAUCACUCAGUGAAGAACAAAUCUGGCAGCUAGCUGUGAGAUGGCUAGAACACAACUGCCGAUAUCAAUACAUGGAUGAACUUCUACAGUAUGUCCGGUUUGGGCUUAUGGAUGCGGAUACACUGCAUACGGUUGCCCUCUCACACCCUCUUGUCCAAACUAGUGAAGCUGCAACAGCACUUAUCAAUGAGGCUUUGGUCUAUCAUCAAAGUAUCUAUGCACAGCCAAUUUGGCAGACCAGAAGGACGAAACCUCGCUUCCAGUCAGAUACUCUUUACAUCAUUGGUGGAAAAAAACGGGAAAUCUGCAGAGUUAAAGAGCUUCGAUACUUCAAUCCUGUGGACCAAGAGAAUGUUCACAUAGCAGGGAUUGCAAACUGGAGUGAGCUGGCUCCCAUGCCAGUAGGAAGAAGCCACCACUGUGUGGCUGUAAUGGGAGAUUUCCUUUUUGUAGUAGGCGGUGAAGUUGAACAAGCCACUGGCCGCACAUGCGCAGUACGGACUGCUUGUAGAUAUGACCCCCGUAAUAAUUCCUGGGCGGAAAUAGCUCCAAUGAAGAAUUGCCGGGAGCAUUUUGUACUUGGGGCUGUGGAUGAAUUUCUCUAUGCUGUGGGAGGCAGAAAUGAACUGCGUCAAGUUUUGCCAACUGUUGAACGAUACUGCCCUAAGAAGAACAAGUGGACUUUUGUUCAGUCCUUUGACAGGUCCCUUUCCUGUCAUGCAGGAUGUGUUGUGGAUGGUCUUCUUUGGAUAUCAGGAGGAGUAACAAACACGGCGCAGUAUCAGAACAGGCUAAUGGUGUAUGAUCCAACCCAAAAUAAAUGGCUUAGUCGCAGCCCCAUGUUGCAGAGGAGAGUCUACCAUUCCAUGGCUGCUGUUCAAAGGAAACUCUAUGUUUUAGGUGGCAAUGAUCUAGAUUACAACAAUGACCGAAUUCUUGUCCGCCACAUAGACUCCUACAGCAUAGAUGCUGAUCAGUGGACUCGGUGUAGUUUCAGCAUGUUGACAGGCCAGAAUGAAUCUGGAGUGGCUGUACACAAUGGCAGAAUAUAUUUAGUUGGUGGCUACUCAAUUUGGACAAAUGAACCCUCAGCAUGUAUCCAGGUGCUGGAUGUUAGUAAGGAAGGAAAAGAAGAAGUUUUCUAUGGGCCAACCCUGCCUUUUGCUUCAAAUGGAAUUGCAGCCUGUUUUCUUCCAGCUCCUUAUGCCACGUGCCCAAACCUGCAACCUUUGCAAGUGCCUCAUCACAAGAUGGGCAACGUGUGAGAAAAGGAACCUGGCUACAAGAGAACAAGCUUCCUCAUUCAUCCUGAUUUUUGCUUUACAUCAACUACAUUUGAAUGGUUGUGGAAUCCAACCUUGUAUUAAGUGCAGUAGAAGCCAAAAAGCAACAAAAGGUGGCGGAAUUAUACCAGUUUCUGGUGUUCAAGUGGCUUUGACCAUGUUUGCCUAUUAAGGAUCUUUCUCCAAGUAUUCUGAAAAACUUUUUUUUUGCACUUUUUUCUAAUCCCUUGCUCCUGUUUCUCUUGUUUUCACUGCCUUGCAAAAAAGUAUACAAAUAAAAUUUAAAGAAUUCUACCUUUCAAAAUAUGAGCUAACAAGUUGCAAGGAGCUUGGACUGCUGAAGGCUUUUUUGGGGCACUUGUCCUUGGAAUUAGAAGCAUUGAAAAUAUAUACUGUUGUGUCAACAACUCUUACUUGCAAAGGUGCUUGUAACCUACUGGCUAUUUCUCAUAUUUGCCUCACAAAUCAGAUAGGGGCUAAAAACUGGAGUCACGUAGAUAUAGUUUCACCUGUAGAAAAGGCAGACAUGUGGCAUAUAAUCUAAAGGAAGUCUCAUAAAGCAGGGAGGAGCAAGAACAGGACUUGCUACCUGGACCCAGUAUGUUACUUUACAUUGUUGUCUCCUAAGUGAUAUUUGGAAACCAUUUUUUUAACAUGUUGGAGAAAAUAAAUUUUAAUUUUACCAUU